UGCUCAGGGAGAAUUGGAUUCAGAAGGUAGAAAUAACCCGGGAAGAAAAACCAAAAUGCAAAUAGUUUGAAGUCACUUAAUUGCCUCCUCUCCUCGGCCACCCGCAGUUACCAAGAUCCUGGGAUAAUGGGCCUAGAGAAAUCCGGGAAUGUUGCAAGCUACCUCCCCUUCCUCCCGGGCUCGGCCGAACCGGCUCUUCGCUGCUCCUCGGCUGGGGGAGGGUGGGAACGUGUGCCCCAGGGCGGCCCCAGCCCGGCCAUAAAAAGCCUCCGCGGCUAGUACUUGACCCUCGCAGAGAAGCAUCUCGGGAGCGCGGGCAGCAUGGACAUCGAGGCGGUCUCUCUGAGCUCGGGCGCCGUCCCUGUGGAUUCCUGCGCUGUCCCGUGGCUGGAGAGGUCCUGGGCUCUGUCCCUGAUCCUGACGGCCUCCCUCGGACCACUGCUGCUGGUGGUCGUCAAGCUCUUCCUCCGGCGCCAGGCGCUUUUGAAAGCCCUGCGCCCCUUCCCGGGACCACCCGGCCACUGGCUCUAUGGAAAUCAGAAGGAGUAUCACACAGAAGGAGAACUACAGGAGUUUAAGGUGCUGCCACAAAAGUACCCCAAUGCUAUUUCUAUAUGGUUUGGACCCUUUCAUGCAGUGUUAAAUAUCUAUACCCCAGAAUAUGCAAAGGUUUUCCUGAAUCGAAAAGAUCCCAAGACCCAGAGAGGCUACAAAUUCUUAAUCCCCUGGAUUGGAAACGGUCUGUUGGUCCUGAACGGCAAGAAAUGGCAUUCCCAUCGGCGCCUAGUGACCCCAGCCUUCCAUAUCAACAUCCUGAAGGAGUAUGUCAGCAUCAUAGAGAACUCAGUCUGCGUGAUGCUGGAUAAAUGGGAAAAACUCACAACUGAGGAUAGUUCCAUGGACAUCUACCAGCCUAGCUUGUUCAUGGCCUUAGACUGUGUCCUGAAAUGUACCUUCGGCAUUCAGGAUUUCUUCCAAGAGGACAGCUUAACCAACUAUACCCAGAAUUUGUCCGAAUUGAUAAGUUACGUCUACCUUCGCACACACAACUUCUUCCUUCAUAAUGACUUCAUUUACAAGGUGACCUCUGAUUUCCAGAAGUUCCAUGCUCUCUGCCAAGAAGUAAAGAAGCACCCAGUUAAAAUCUUCCAGGAUAGGAAAGAACUCUUAAAGAAUCCAGGUGAGCAGGACAACACUCAAAAGAAGAGGAGGCAUGUGGAUUUCCUGGACAUUCUCUUCCAAGCCAAAGAUACAAAUGAAGAAGACUUUACAGAUGAGGAUCUAAUGGCUGAGGUAAAUACAUUCAUGUUUGCUGGCCAAGACACCAUGUCAUCUGGGUUCUCCUGGAGCUUAUACUGCCUGGCUCUGAACCCAGAAUACCAGAAGAAAUGCAGAGAGGAGAUCCAAGGUAUCCUGAAAGUUGGAGACUCCAUAACCUGGGAUCAUCUGGGCCAGAUGUCCUACCUCACUAAGUGUAUUAAGGAGUCCCUCCGUCUCUACCCACCUGGUCCCAAAAUAGCCAGGGAGCUCAGCACGCCCAUCACCUUCCCAGAUGGACGCACCCUCCCUCCAGGUAUGAUAGUGAUCCUGAACAUUUGGGCUCUUCACCAUAACUCUGAUGUCUGGGAAAACCCAGAGGUCUUUGACCCUGAAAGGUUCUCCCAAGAAAAUUAUGACAAGAGGCAUUCUUUCGCUUUCUUACCAUUUUCUGCUGGAUCCAGGAACUGCAUUGGGCAGCAAUUAGCCAUGCUUUUCAUAAAGGUGGCCCUGGCCCGGACAUUGCUCCAGUUUGAAGUAUUUCCAGACUUUGAGAAGAUUCCCAAACCCUCUCUCCAAAUAAUUCUCAAGCCCAAGAAUGGGAUUCAUCUGUAUUUAAAGCCACUCCACUAGCCCACUGUAUGGUGGUGGUGGAUUUCAUGAUCUUCUGGAUAUCAUAGUAGAAAUCAUGAUCUUUAGUUUUAGUCAGUGAUACAGAGACAUGGAAUUAUGGACAUGGACUAGGCAAAAGGGUUCCAUCUUUUUUUUCUCUGUGGCUUUGGAGUAAAUUAUAUAAUCCUAUAGAGUUUCUGGGGCCAUGCCUUUCACUUUUUCCCCCUGCUCAAACCACUAUUAAUGAUGGUGAUAAACCUGGAUUCCUUGAAUGCUCAGAGCAAUAGAAUAGACUUAGGGCGUCCUCCAGUAAAGGAAAAAAAACUACUUGGGGAGUAAGAAUUUCAUCACCAAAUCAUCCACAAAAUGAUAACCCUCUAUUCCAGAACCAAAAAAAAGGUAUGAUUUUAGAUAGGGUAUCCAGACAAGGCUUCCAAAAUAAUGAAAUACCUAGAACUUCAUGCAAUAUUGCCUUACUUAAAACCAGUUUAUAAAGAAGUCAAGACAUCACCCAUAAUGUCAUUGAUCUUCUUCCAAAGUGGAAGAUGAACAAUUCACUGCCUGUAUUCUUAUAAUAGUUUUUCUUUCCAAAUAAAGAUGAGUUGCUUUUUAUUA